UUGACAAUUUUAUUAUCGAUUAUGUUUGGUCGUGUAAAGUGCAUAGAAAACAAUUUAAUUCAUAAAAUUAUUCUGAAACAGCAAUAAAUAUUUAAAGAAGCUUUUUUAUUUUUCUUGUGCAUUUGGGUUAAUUUAAAGAUAAAGUAAGAACAUAAGUACUGAGCCUGAGUUCUACUAUAAAAAUAAUGAAUCAAAAGCGGUGUUAAUAUAGAAUGGUGAGAAUAUUUAAGCAAGGUAUACCAGCGGAAAGGUAAAGCGACUAAAAACGCAUAUACAAAAAAAAAAAAAACAAAAAGGAAAGGGACUUUUCAGGCGUCGCCGUCGUUUUCUUGGUAUACAGAUUUGUAUUGCAAGCGGUAUAAAUUCUUUGAAUACUUUGCAAAAAUUUUGGAUUUGGAAAUUAAUACUCUGUUAUAUAUACAUAUAAAAGAAGUACACACAUAUAUUUAAUUGUGCACAAGUUUUCCCACAAAUUAAAUUGUAAUUUCACAAUGACCAACAUGGAAAAGCAACAUGAAAUGGUGAAACGCAGUCUGGUGCAAUUCAUUAGUGCACACAUUCCUGGUGCAGAUUUUAGUGUAGUGGACGAAAUAGUACUGCAGUAUAUUAUUUCCAUUUUGGAGGAAGCAUCACAAGAUCCUUGUUUUGAUAUUGAGGAUUUUGUCGAAAUGAUGGGCGCAUAUUUUUCCGAGUUUUCCUCAAUUGACCAGGGAAUUAUUUGUGAAUGGAUAUAUAAAUUGGCAAAUGAAUUAAACGAAAUGGAAAAGAAUCAAGGAAAUCAUAAUUCCACAACUUUAUCGUUGAAUUCUUUGAGCCUUUCUGAUAUAAUACCAGAAUCAAAGUUACGUGCACGUAAUGCCUCCAUUUCUGAAAAGGAUGAACAUGCCAUAAAUGGUAGCGGUGCAGGUGGUGCCGGUUCCAAGCGCUCACAACAUUUAUCAGAAACUAGUGAUGGUGGUUCGACUGAUAGUUCAACUUGCGAUUAUUAUUUGGAUGAAGCCGAAGUUUUGCAAGAAAUGUUUCCAGACACAGCCUAUGUAGAGGUUAAACAUUGCAUUGCCAUAGCUAAAGGAGAUAUUGACAGCGCCACUCAAAUUCUACUACAUCGCCAAGAGACUGGCCAAAGCUUGAUCGACAAGUCCAUGUCAAUUGCUGGACGUAAAAAUAUUGUUGUAGAUGACGCCGAACUAAAAAAUCGUAUUAUUGAGAGAUACUCAUACGUUGAUAAAAAUGCAACUCAACGUGAAUACAAACCAAUGGUACCAAAAUUCGAACCAAAAAAAUUGGUACGCUAUAGGGAUAAUAAGAUUGUUUCAUUGAAAGGCGAACGUUAUACUGAAGUUAAGCGCGACGAGGAAGCUGAGUUAAAAAAACCCAAAAAGCAACUUCAACCGUAACUAAAGUUGUUGAAAUCCUGCUACAAGUAUUUUAUAAAAAAGUUAAAGCUGCUAAACCAACAACAAAAUCAACCGCAUCAAGAAUAUAACAAAGAACAGCUUCAACAUUUAAAUCACCAUUUGAUAUUAAAAAAUUUGCAAGAAAUUAUCACUACUAUAUCACUGAUAAUUGCACAUAAAAAUGAACAAACACUAACAAUAACACUAAAACAACUACAUACUCGAAAAAGAACUCAACUAUUAGUUGAAAUACUUGAAAUCUCAACGACAGUUAAUGAAAACCAACAUGUUGGACAAUUUGCUGUUAAAGCAACAAUUCCAAUAGUAAAACCAUUAUUCUCCAAAAGUACGUUACUCCCUAAGCGAUUUGUAAUGUGCAAAGCGUACGAAUACCAACACAAAACCAAUUCCAAUUCCAAUACCGUAUUCACAACCGUUUAUAACGAAACAGCUAAGUGCAUUUCUAAUUUUGACGCCAGAUGUGAAACUUUUGUGAUUUCCAAUACUAUUAUUAGGAUAAUUGAACAUUUAUUGUACACUAAAUAUCAAGGCCAUACGAAUUUUGUGUAUCGCUGCAGUUGCUUAACCAAGAUUUUACAGCGAAAAAGUCAAACAAAUAGUUUCAUUAUAUAUAUUUAUAAUAUUUUGUUUAUUUUUUAUUUAAUUUUUAAUUUAUUUAUUGAAUUAGCGUGGAACGUUUUACAAAUUACCUAUAAUUAUUUAGUAAUAUUUAUUGUUUUUGGUAAGCUGCAACAACAAGAACAACAACUUAGUGUUAAUUUAAAAUUUUUAUGAGUUAAUAUUUUUUUACGCGAAAUAAGUUGAUUUUACAACUGUCGAUAUUUGCUACUACUAUUUAAUAGGAAAUUAUGACAAUGUCGGUACGCUGAUGGCAUUGCAUUGAGCUAGCAUUGUGAUAAAUGCAAGAGCGUAAAAAAAAGCAAACCAUCCGCCAAACUACAUAUAUAUGCAAAGGGCGUCAGCGAGUCUUGACUAAACCAAAUUAGAAUUGACUUUGCAAACCAAACGCAUGUGGUGUCUAAGGACAAUUAAGUUGCAGCUUUUAAGCGCAAUAGCGUGCUAAUGUGUAUAAGUUACAAAUUGUAUGAUUUCUUAAGCGAAGAAGUAACUGUGAAAGAAAGUAGAUAUUAAUACUUACAAAAAGCAUUUAAAAAGAUUUUGUUCGAAAUCGACGAACUAAAACUUUUUCGCGCGCUAUUGUGCGUAGGCAGCAACUGAUUUCUUUUGCACCACACAGUGUAUGUGUAGCGGCACACAUGCAUAUGUAGUUAGUAAAUACGACCGAUAGACAUGUCUUUAAGACGCACGAGCUCAAAUAGACUUAUGAAUUUACCUAUAACUAUGUUUAGAAUGCAAAUAUAGUAAUUUUUCAAGCUGAUGUUUUAUACUGUAUUUUAAUGUGUAAUUGAAUUGAAUGUACGAAGUGUUAAGAAAAUAUGGAUGAAAGUGCGUGGUGAAAAGGAAGCUAAAAUACGAAUGAUUUGAAAAAAGACAUGCCAUACAUAUACAUUAAUUAACUUUCGUAAAACUACGCUUAAACUCGAUUUUAUUUUAUUUUAUUUUUAUUUUUGUUUAACAUUGCAUAUAAUAGUUAUUACUUUUGGAAAGUCAGCUGCUAAGUAACACUUUUACUUUUGUGCUGUUAGACUAAUACAGUUGACAUGCGCUGAGUACAGCAUUCAAAAUUGAAAAUGUUACUUAGAGUCUUUCUGAGCGAUGACCAAUAUAGUAUGUAUGUAAAUUGUACUGAAUUGUUUGUUAUGAAUCUAUUUUAGUAAAUACAGUUAAGAAAAAAAAUCAGUAACUUAAUACCGAAAAAGCUAAAACUCAGUUAUUAAAGCAAAAGUUGCCAAAAAGUUGAAAUAAAAAAAGAAAAUAAAUGGUGAAAUCAAUAAAUCCUAAUAAUACUAGUCUCACAUCUAGAUGUAAAUGCAUGUGAUUUGCCAUUUUUGCUGAAUGAAUAAAUGUAUGAAUACGGUAUUGGGAGUACAUUGGUUUUACGACACAGCAUUUGCUACAACAUAAUACACCAAAACACACAUACAUAAAUACACAUACAACAAAAACAAUACACAAGAAUCUUGAAUAUGAAGUGUAAACUCAACUACAUUUUGCAAGCGUUAUACGAAAAUUUAAACUCACUAAAAUUAUUAAAAUGUUGUAACUUAGUGUGCUUCAAUGUAAUUCCUAGUAAGCUACAUAAAAUGCGAACUUACCUACAUACAAAAAUACAUACAUACAUAGUACAUGUAACAUGUUUAAUUAAAAAAUUCUCAAGUCAAGAAAAGUAGUGAAAUGAUCAUAAA